CUCUCUCUCUCUCCCGUCUUCUUCUUUACAGUACUUUCACUCUUUACUCUCUCUCUCUCUCGAUCCAGAAAUUUCACUAUCCCCACAAUGCCCCUCCUCUCUCUCUCCUUCUUCCUCUCUUUCUCUCUCCUCCUCUCCCUAUCCCUCUCCUUCCCCUUCAAUACUUCUCUUUACAUUGACUGUGGAUCUCCCGAAGGUUCCGCCGACGCCUUCAGCCGCUCAUGGCUUCCCGACCGCUUCUACUCCGGCGGUGCCACCGCCGUCGUCUCCGAGCCUCUCCGGUUCCAUCUCGCCGCCGAGAAGACCCUCAGGUACUUCCCUCUCUCCUUUGGCAAGAAGAAUUGCUACGUCGUCCCUCUUCCCUCCGGUCGCUACUACAUCAGGACGUUCACCGUCUACGAUAACUACGACGGGAAGUCUCAUUCCCCUUCGUUCGACGUCUCCGUCGAAGGCACUCUCGUUUUCUCCUGGAGAUCGCCGUGGCCGGAGAAUCUCGUCCGCGAUGGUUCCUACUCCGAUCUUUUCGCGUUCGUCGAUGACGGCGAGCUCGAUCUGUGCUUCUACAGCAUCGCCACCGAUCCUCCCCUUGUAGGUUCCUUGGAGAUCAUACAAGUUGAUCCGUUGUCGUAUGAUGCGUCGGGGACUGGUCACGAUGCCAUGCUGGUCAACUACGGGAGGCUCUCAUGCGGUUCGGAUCAGUGGGGGCCUGGUUUCACGAAUCAUACCGACAGUUUCGGCCGGUCGUGGCAGUCGGACGCCGAUUUUCGGUCGGAGAGCUCGAACUCGGCGGCUCGAUCGCUGUCGACUCUGGAGAAGAUCAAAGGUGCGGAUCAGGCGCCGAAUUAUUUCCCCAUGAAGCUGUAUCAAACGGCGGUGACGGUCUCAGGAGGGGGUUCGCUGGUCUACGAGCUUGAAGUGGACGCGAAGCUCGAUUACUUGCUCUGGUUCCAUUUUGCCGAGAUCGAUUCAACUGUGAAGAAGGCUGGGCAGAGAGUGUUUGAUGUGGUGGUGAACGAUAACAAUGUGAGCAGAGUUGAUAUCUACAAUUUGGUCGGGGGAUUUGCGGCUUAUAGUUUGAAUUAUACUGUGAAGAAUCUGAGCAGUACUACUGUCACCGUGAGAUUGUCGCCCGUCGGGCCUGCUGAUUUGGCCACAGUGCCUGAGCAAGUGACUGCCAUGAAAGCGCUUAAGGAUUCACUUCGUGUCCCGGAUAGAAUGGGUUGGAAUGGUGAUCCCUGUGCUCCCACUAGCUGGGAUGCUUGGGAAGGAGUCGCAUGCCAUCCCAACCCGCACGGACCUGGCCUCGUUAUAUUCCAAAUAGACCUUGGUAGCCAGGGCCUGAGAGGAUAUAUCAGUGAGCAGAUUAAUUUUCUGACAAAUUUGAAUAGCCUCAACCUGAGUUCAAAUUCUCUAGGUGGACCACUUCCUCCAGGGCUUGGUCAGAAGUCCCUUGUGAAUCUGGAUUUGUCAAACAAUCAGUUCACAGGGCCGAUUCCUGAAAGCCUGACAUCUUCAAGUUUAAAGCUCGUGCUUUUGAAUGGCAACCAGUUGGAAGGAAGAGUACCCGAAGAACUCUAUUCAGUCGGUGUUCAUGGUGGAAUCAUCGAUCUAUCUGGAAACAAGGGAUUAUGCGGAGUACCAUCUCUUCCGUCAUGUCCUGUGUUCUUCGAAAACGGGCACUUGUCGAGACGAGGUAAAAUAGGGAUAGCAGUGUCGUGUGCAGUGGUGUUUGUACUGACGCUAGUUGGUGUAUACUUCUGCUGCAUCUGGAGGGGAAGACACGAUUACGACUUUGCACCUCCUCACGAUCUAACAUCACUGGCGGCGGGGAAGAGAAACAAAUACCAAAGGCAGAAGUCAUUGAUGCUACUUGAAAUGGAAAGCCAACAUGCUAAAGGGUUGCCCUCACUCCCCUUGAAUUCCCAUUAAUGACCAAGGGGUUUCUUUUUCCUUCUUUUUUUUUCUGGGACAGAGCAAAAAAAAAAA